CUCGAUAAAGUUGGACACUUUGUGAAUAAAUCUUCUUAAACACUAGAUUCAUUCAUUCUUUCAUACGGCACUCUUCACGUCGCAGAGAAUCGAAUCUAUAUCUUAGCUUAGAUGAUGUUUGGAGGCAAAGGCAUGGGAGGUGGAGCUGGAAGUGGAGGAAGCAUGUUAAGGAAUGUUGGGAGAGUGGUUUCUGCUGCAAGAACUGGUGUUCCUGCUUCUUCUGCUGAACCCAUUUCUUCUUCUUCUUCUAGGCCCAACACCCACACCCACACCCACACCCACACCCACACCCACAAGCCCAUUUCUCCCAAUUACCUUUCUCUCUCCUCCACUUCUCCUCCACAUAAUAAUACUCCCACUUCUGCAACUUCUGGGGUACCCACUACUCGGUCACCUUUUUCUCAGUCUCAGUCUCAGAGUGAUGAGUUUGAGUGGGUGUCUGUUGAUGGUAGUAAAGGUGAGAGAGUCAGACCACAUGGACAUGGACAUGGAAAUGGGUGUUUUGAUGAUUAUUUUCUUGGCCCUGUUCCUUCCAAGGAUGAAGUCCAAAAUACUGUCUCUGCCAUCCAGCAGGUUUUUGAGCCUCCCUCAUACUCCAAUCUCGUGAGGGACAAAUUUGCUUCUGAUUUGGAGAAGGAUGUUGCAGAUCAAGUUACAAGUCCCACUGGCUCAGAGUUAGACUGGGUGGAGCCCUCUUUUCAUCUAUGUAAUUCAAGAGUGUUGCAACCUCAUGGAUCCAACAAAGUUUAUGAUGCUUUUCAUAUGUUGCAGACUGAGCCAUCUGUUCAGAGAAUGGUCAUAUCAUUGUCAUCAGAUAAAGCAGUUUGGGAUGCUGUUCUGAAUAAUGAGGUGGUGCGGGAGUUUAAGGAGUCAUACUUUGCAGUUGAAAAUAAUGAACCACAGAGUCCAGAUGAGAGUUCUAAAGGAUCCAAUGAAGCAACCGGUGUAUUAAGUUGGAUUUUUGACAAUACCAAGGCUAAGGUCAUGGAAGUGUUUGAGAAAAUCACAAAGCUCGUGAAUGAAUUAUUUCCGUCCACUGAAAAUGAGAAGACCACAGCAGGAGCCUCCGAUCCCUUCCAGGAAAAGCUGAAGACUUCAUUCCUGCUUUCUGUUGUGGUCCUGUUGAUUGUGGUUGUGACUCGAGCCCACAAGGCUUGACCAUAAUUUGACGACUUGACAGUUAGUUUUCCCCGGUGGGUGACUUGUACAGAUAGAAGUUUCCCACUGGGUGUGUGCUAGCAUUAGUAGAGUUCCUUUGGCUCUGGUAAUGCUACUAAUGAACAAAGGACAUGGGGACCUCUCAGUUGGCAGGUUAUGUUGGCUGUCUUUAGUAUCUUACAUGUAAAUUUGAGGCUCAAAUGAUGGUUCCUCUAUUUUUAUGCUUGGAUAUGACUAUUGUCAAUCAAGGGGUCAUUGACUAGAUUUGCCUUAAACCAAAUUGAAUUAUGGGUAUUUUUUUUGUUUGUUAA